GUAUAUAUAUGAAGAGAUGAGUACUCCUUAAUUAGAACCCGAUCUUGUAAGUGUUUGUGAGAGUUAUAUAUGGCUCCUGUCGGAUUACCUCCAGGCUUCAGAUUUCAUCCAACAGACGAAGAACUAGUAAACUAUUAUCUGAAGAGAAAGAUCUGUGGUCAAGAAAUCGAGCUUGAUAUAAUCCCUGAGGUUGAUCUCUACAAAUGUGAGCCAUGGGACCUCGCAGAGAAGUCGUUUCUACCAAGUAGAGAUCCAGAAUGGUAUUUUUUCGGGCCACGUGACCGGAAGUAUCCAAACGGGUUUAGGACGAACCGAGCAACGAGAGGUGGAUACUGGAAAUCGACCGGGAAAGAUCGGAGAGUGACGAGUCAAAGCAGAGCGAUUGGGAUGAAGAAGACUUUGGUUUACUAUAGAGGAAGAGCUCCUCAAGGUAUACGUACGGAUUGGGUCAUGCAUGAGUAUCGUCUCGAUGACAAAGAUUGUGAUGAUCCCUCUUCGCUCCAGGACUCGUAUGCAUUAUGUCGGGUGUUUAAGAAGAACGGAAUAUGUUCGGAGUUGGAAACAGAACCGCAACUACAAAUGGGACAAUGUAGCUUCACGACGGUGUCAAUGGAGAUGAACUCCAAUAAUAUUAAUUAUAACAGUGAUAUUUACGAGGCAAUGUCGCCGGAAGUUGGAGCUUCCUCCGCCUGCGUAGAAGACAUCGUCGACGAUAAAGAUGACUCGUGGAUGCAAUUCAUCACAGAUGAUGCGUGGGACUCCUCAUCAAACGCUGCAGCUAUGGGACAUGGUCAAGGGGUUUAUUGACCAGUAAAGAACAAAGAGUAUUGAGAAAAAGAGAGAUUAUAGAACUAUUGAGUACACUUUUGUUGUACUUUAUCUAUAUAAUCGUUGAAAUAAAACCUCCGGGGGUAAGUGGUAUUUUGGAAAACUUAUAACUAAUUUUUUCUAAUUGUGGAGGGAAAUCAUGUGAUUUGAUUGAAUAUUAUUUUGUGUUUUUAUAUUUUUAUAUUUUUCCUGGGUUGAUGACGUUAUGUUAUCCAUUGAUUUGACAACUCUAUGGAUCAUUGGUACCUUUGUUCUAUUACCGCACAUGAGUGUAACCAGAUCCAAGUUAAUG